AUUUGGCUUACAAGCACGGAAGCCGACGUGGAGCAAAAAAACCCAACCAGUCAGUGGAAUCAUUGAUUCUGACGAUGAUUCACUGGCGCCUGGUCCCGCUUUAACAUUAUUCAACUAGCUCAGAUAGUAACUAUUGUUGUUGGACCUCGUCAAAUUUCAUAUGUGCAUUCAUGAUGCACUACUCCAACUGGUUGAUUGGUCUUAAAAACAGGGCAAACCUCCGGAAUGCUUGGAAAAACGGGGCAAACAGUGACUGGAGCAACAUCGGCGAUGUGGACGUGCAGAACCGCCACGACCCGAAGCCCAGCAGCGAGAAGACAUGCGGGCUCGCCGUCACCGCCCACCUCUGGAAAAAGGGCUACAAAAUGAUCAAGAAGAUCGGCGAGGGCAGCUUCUCUGAGGUGGUCAAAACUCAGAGCAUGAAGGAUGGGAAGUAUUACGCAUGCAAAACAAUGAAACAGACCGUUAACAGUACGGAGCAGGCUAACAACCUGCGGGAAGUACAGGCCAUGAGGAGACUCGGCCCACAUGCAAAUAUCAUCCAGCUGCAUGACCUCAUUUUUGACAAAGAAAACGGCACAGUGUCUUUAAUUUGUGAGCUGAUGGAAAUGAACAUAUACGAGUUCAUCAAAGCGAGACAAGCGCCACUGCCAGAUAACACAGUGAAACACUACAUGUACCAGCUGUGCAAGUCACUGGACCACAUGCACAGAUGCGGGAUCUUCCACAGAGACGUGAAGCCAGAGAACAUUCUCAUCAAACACAACGUUCUGAAGCUGGGAGACUUUGGCUCAUGCAGGAGCGUGCACUCCAAGCCCCCCCACACAGAGUACAUCUCCACCCGGUGGUACCGAGCCCCGGAGUGCCUCCUUACUGACGGCUAUUACAGCCUGAAGAUGGACAUCUGGAGCGUGGGCUGUGUUUUCUUUGAGGUCAUGAGCUUGAGUCCCCUCUUCCCCGGCACCAACGAGUUGGAUCAAAUCGCCAAAAUCCACGACGUGUUAGGCACGCCCGAUCAAAGCGUCCUGCGGAAAUUCAAGCAAUCCAGAGCCAUGCAUUUCAACUUCCCCGCCAAGAAAGGCUCCGGAAUCUCACGCCUCAUCCCCAACUGUCCGUCACCGGCUCUGUCUCUGCUCUACCAGAUGUUGGCCUACGAUGCUGACGAGCGCAUCACGACGGAAACUGCCCUGAAACACACCUACUUUCGGGAAACACGGUUAGCUGAGAAAAAAACUAGUGGAAUCACCUCCGACCUCCUGUGGCGACCCACUCGACUUGGUAAACAAAUGAGAGGCAGACACAUGAGGCCCACCCCCUUAAUUAGCACAAAGCACUUAGCAGAGCCCCUCUGCAAACGAAAUGUUUCCCAUUACACUACCGAGCUGCCCGAACUAAAAUUGUCCUUCUCGGGGCCUCCGCGCUCCUUCCCGGCGUCAACCUCGCCCGCCUUCGCCCUGACCCACCAGGGCACCCUGCCAGCCAUCUCCUCUAAGAAAUGCCAGACACGUUUGGUCAAGGCCGAGUCACAAAAGGCGUCUUUAAAGAACUUCUACAUGCCGCCUCUGGGUAGGAAACACGGAGGGGGCUGCUGAGAGCCGAACAGACGUCAUUGUAUGAUUGAAAACUUCCUCUCAAAGCAGGAUAAACCUGAAAAUUCCUCCUUCGUGAGGCAAUAAGGCUGUGAUUUAGAUAUUACACACAAUACAAUGAACAUAAUGUUAUUUAUACUAUGGGCUUUUAAAAAAAAUAUCCAACAGGUUUAUGUCAGUUUUUAUUUAAUCGCCACAAUGUAGCUACUAAUAAAUCUGCACUUUGUUGUGUUGUAAAAAUGUAAGAUUUAAUUAAAAAAACAAGAA